AUGGCUUCGAGCUCCCGGAGGAAGAGCCCCUCACCCCCCACAGACUGGGCUGCCCUGGAGCCACGCAGCUGUGGGGGCCAGACUCACGAUCACCUCCUGACCCUCACUUCCUCCCUGCCCGCCUCCCUGCCCUCCUGCCGGAUGGACAAGCCCCGGGAGCUGGACUCCAGCUCCCCCAACGCCUGUCCCCCUCUUCAGCCCUCGGGCCCCGGCGCUCAGCAGCCCAAGCCGGCCAGCUUGGGCCGCGGACGGGGGGCAGCCGCCGCCAUCCUCAGCUUGGGCAACGUGCUCAACUACCUGGACAGGUACACUGUAGCAGGCGUCCUUCUGGACAUCCAGCAGCAGUUUGCAGUCAAGGACCGAGGAGCCGGCUUGCUGCAGUCAGUGUUCAUCUGCAGCUUCAUGGUGGCCGCACCGAUCUUCGGCUACCUAGGCGACCGUUUCAACCGCAAGGUGAUCCUCAGCUGCGGCAUCUUCUUCUGGUCGGCCGUCACCUUCUCCAGCUCCUUCAUCCCCCAGCAGCACUUCUGGCUGCUGGUCCUGUCCCGGGGGCUGGUGGGCAUCGGCGAGGCGAGCUACUCCACCAUCGCGCCCACCAUCAUAGGUGACCUCUUCACCAGGAACACGCGCACACUCAUGCUGUCUGUCUUCUACUUUGCCAUCCCGCUGGGCAGCGGCCUGGGCUACAUCACGGGCUCCAGCGUAAAGCAGGCGGCCGGAGACUGGCGCUGGGCCUUGCGGGUGUCCCCCAUUGUGGGCAUGAUCACAGGGACCCUGAUCCUGGUCCUGGUCCCAGCCACCAAGAGAGGCCACGCUGACCAGCUUGGCGGGCAGCUCAAGGUGCGCACCUCGUGGGUUCGAGACAUGAAGGCCCUAAUCCGCAACCGCAGCUACGUCUUCUCCUCCCUGGCCACGUCGGCCGUGUCCUUUGCCACAGGGGCCCUGGGCAUGUGGAUCCCGCUGUACCUGCACCGAGCUCAGGUGGUGCAGAAGACGGCAGACACGUGCAGCAGCCCGCCCUGUGGGGCCAAGGACAGCCUCAUCUUCGGGGCCAUCACCUGCUUUACUGGCUUUCUGGGUGUGGUCACGGGGGCAGGAGCCACGCGCUGGUGCCGCCUGCGGACCCAGCGGGCAGACCCGCUGGUGUGUGCCGUGGGCAUGUUGGGCUCAGCCAUCUUCAUCUGCCUCAUCUUCGUGGCUGCGAAGAGCAGCAUCGUGGGCGCCUAUAUCUGCAUCUUCGUUGGGGAGACGCUGCUGUUCUCUAACUGGGCCAUCACCGCGGACAUCCUCAUGUACGUGGUCAUCCCCACGAGACGGGCCACAGCCGUGGCCCUGCAGAGUUUCACCUCGCACCUGCUGGGGGACGCCGGGAGCCCCUACCUCAUCGGCUUUAUCUCCGACCUGAUCCGUCAGAGCACCAAGGACUCCCCGCUCUGGGAGUUCCUGAGCCUGGGCUACGCGCUCAUGCUCUGCCCCUUCGUGGUGGUCCUGGGCGGCAUGUUCUUCCUGGCCACGGCCCUCUUCUUCCUGGGUGACCGCGCCAAGGCCGAGCAGCAGGCUCUCCCACCUUCCCCUGGGGCUGACGAGGUCCCUGUCCGGCGCGACCGGCCAGUCGGCCCCCGAGAUGCGAUGCGCCAGAGCAGUGCCCGGGCCCGGCCGCCGCUGACCCGCCACUUUGACCCCCGCCCGUCUUUCCCCCAGGGUGAACCAGCUGGCGAUGCCACCCGCACCCCUCAAAGUCUGAGGCUGUGUCUCCGGGACGGGGAAGAGGCCUCACUGUCCCCCUACCUGGGGGGCCUCCCAGGGCGUCUGGGCCCUACUGGGCUGACCCGAAGCUUUCUGUGUGAUGCGCGGCUGGGCACCCAGCCUCUCUGGUGUGGGGCUGUGGAGUGGCCGUGGCUCCAAGAUGCUGUGUCCCCACCUGACCUGGAAGGCUGCGUGUGGGGGAGCCGCACGGACAGACAGACUCCCAGCCCCAGGGCUGGGCCGCAGGGCCCACGGGGCCCAGGGAGGACACAGCCCCCAGCGAACAUGUGGGGAGAGCUGGGCCCCUCACGGCCUUACAUGGUUCUGGGCAGCCUCUGCUCUCCCCUGCCCGUGGCGCCCGGUGGCUGCACUUUCCCGCGUGGCAGCUUUGAAGACCCUGGACUGCACGGAGGACAGGCGGUCCCGGCCUCGGGGCGGAGCUUCAGGCUCUGACCCAGGGACCCCAGCCUCUUGCCUGGGGCUCUGACCUCGGGGAUGUUGCUGGGCACGUCCCUCUGGAGGACACUGGUCCCUGCUACCAGGGCUGGUGCUCGGCCUGCAGGGCUCCCAGGUCAGGGCCGCCCGGCGGGGACCUGGCAUUGCACAGCCUGUGCCCACAGCACCCAGGGCUCUGGAAGAGGCCGCCCAUGGCGGCUGCUGACACCCCCCGCACACUCCCCCAGCUCUGACCCCCUCCACACACGCGCCCCGCACACUGGCUGGAAUCCAGGCAGCGGGCAGGAGCCCUCCCAGAGCCAGCCUAGACCACGCUUCGCCCCGCAGUUCCCGCCGGUGCGGCUUCAGUGUGUGCAAGCUAGCGGCUCCCCGCUCCUCACCCAGCUCUGGGGCACCUGCGGGGGGUGGGGGUGCAGCCCCGGCCGGGGCCCCAGCCAUGUUUUCUUGUUGUACAAGAACCAGGUCCAAGUUCGCCUCCUCUUCCUUCCGGAAGCCAAACUCUUCCUUUAUUUUUUAGAGCUGCUGAUUGUGAAUCUCAGAGUCUUAAGAGAAAAGCCAAAUAUAUUCCUCUUGUAAAUGAAGGAAUAAAGCUAUUUAAACCACGG